AUGUGUGCAGUUUCUGGCUUAUCUCCACAGUACCUGGCUAAGAGGGCCACACGCGGAAUUAUGAUGGGGAGCAAACUGCGCCGAAUCCUUAAAAAGAAGAACGUGGACCUGGAUGCUCUUCUUAAGCGGGUGCGAGCAGCGAACACGAGAGCAUUCGCGGAUCUCUGCGCAUUGGAACGAAUGCCAGAUGAGGAGAGAAGGCUAAGGAAACGAGACCAGGACCGGCGACUAAAAAUAGCGGCAGAAAUGCGACGUUUCCGAAAGAGUAAUGGAGAGGCCGUGCAUCCUGACGUCAACAAUCAUCAAGUACUGCCGUCGAAUGUCACAGUUUGUCUCCGAGAAACUAUUUGA